CCAGUCCCUAUUUGUUUAAAAUCUGUCGUAAGAAUGCCGUCGCAUGAAACGUAAAGUGCCGUCUUUGUCGUAAACCAGUGGCAAGACAUAUAAACAAACAACAGAACCAAUUUUGCGUAUUUAAAGUCGUUAUCGAUUUACAAGCAAAUCGACGUUUCUGAAGGCAAUGGCUGCGUCUUCCUCGUCUUCUUCUGCGGGAGGCGUGAGCGGCAGCUCGGUAACAGGCUCGGGGUUCAGUGCUUCAGAGCUCAUCCCUCCUAGGAAAGUCCUGUACACAUAUCCUAAAGGCGCAGGUGAAAUGAUGGAAGAUGGCUCUGACAGAUUUUUAUGUGAGUCUGUAUUCAGCUACCAAGUUGCCUCCACGCUCAAACAGGUUAAACAUGAUCAGCAAGUAUCCCGAAUGGAGAAACUUGCGAGCUUGGUGGAGGAGCUGGAAGCAGAUGAGUGGCGGUACAAACCAAUUGAACAGCUGUUGGGAUUUACACCAUCUUAAAUAAAGAGAUCCAGAUGCCUUUGCUUAAUAAAACAGCCAAACAGAAGGAGAUUGUUUAUUUGAGUCCAUAUAUUAUUAUUCGUUCAUACUUUGUUCUGAUUUUAUUCUAUAUUUAAGUGUGAAAUAUUACCUGGAGAUACUGAAUGUGAGAUGUAUUAUUGUUUUUACCACUUUUAUUAUUAUGUGAGCAUGGUUUGCUUUUUUAAAACAACUUGUUGUAUUUUACCCAGUAUACUAAAAUAAAAUCCUGUUGACAUAAA